GGCACCAGAAACGAAGGGUGACCCAUGGGGUGUUAGUGAACGAUGCGUGAGGGGUGGCCAGAAAGACACUGGCAUCCCCAACAAAUGAGAGAGCUGAUGAGCGCGAUGAAUUGACGAGAAACGAACGACCGCAUGAACCGAACGGAAUGUACAAUGUACAGUGAGCGCGUACAACCGGGACGGAAUGGACGACGGAGCGGAAUUACGAAGAAAUUGUUCGACGGUAGCGACGGCGACAGCGACGAAAGAUUGUGCCGAUUCAGUCGAUAAUUGCGCGGCCGCUGCUGAGGUGGUGGAAGAAACUCGUGCCACGGCGUCCAGUGUGUGUGGCCUUUCUGUAUGUGUUGUUUUUCGCUGCCAAACGCAAUCAAGUAGUGCAGUAGAGUGCUGAUUGGUACGCAACAGAACGUGUGCUAGGGACAUUUGGUAGCGUCUGUUCCUUGAAGUGAAGCAGGAGGGACUACAAGGAGGAAAUGGUGGAGGUGCACGAACAGUGACCGGGUAGGCGGAUGGUUACCCGCGAGGGCACGGUUACCGGCCGCAAGGCUUACGCAAGCCUGUCGUUUGAAGCGACUGUGCUACCUGGACAGGAUUAAUAUUUUGCUUCUUCCAAACUGGUGACAGUGAACCGCCGCACGAUUGCCCUGGAAUAUCGUCGUUGUUCGGUGAAGAUUUGUUCGCAUUUGCGCCGUGUUCCCGGCGUGUUGUCCAACAGUGGUGGUAUCGCGUUCGUAACUGCUCCCACGUGCGCUUCCCUUUCGUGUCGACAGCGAAUGCUGUGUGCGUAUGUGUGCAUGUGGGUCUGUGUGUGAGUUCAGCAGGACUUCAGAGCAAGAGAGCUUUACCGCUAUCGAUUAUGUUCCAGUAUGCUCUGACACUGAUGGAGCUAAAACCGGUUCAUCAUACGGCGACCAACACGGACGGCUGUAGCUUUCGGAGCUCCAGCGAGACCCUAGGAUGGGACGAGCAUCCUGAGAAAGAAAUAUUGUUUUUUGACCAUCAAGAUCUGCCAUUCAGUCGACCGCAGCAGUGAUCGUGAACGUGCCGUGUUCAGAUGAGUGCCGAUGUAAAUGCGCUAUCAGUUCCCGAUCAUGACAGCCAUGAGUACAUGUGUGACAGUUGCAGUGCAGCCUACAGCCCUACGUGAAGCAAAGCACUGUGUUCGAUAUUUUGCAGGAACGGGAGUGCAAAUGUAUAGUUAAAUUAGACAGAAAAGUAGCAAUAGAACCCGGAAAAGAAGAAGUGAUGUACCACAGAAAAUUGCGUUAAUUGAAGAUGGGUAUAAAUUGCACCCGUAGUAUCGUUUACCAUUAGUACUUCACCAAGCAACGAUCGUAGUCUAACUCAUCGCACCAGAUAGCUAUAUAAUAUCGGGACUUAAAGUCCUGUGGAAUAAACGAAUACCGUUGUGCAAUAAAAGUUCACAAUUAAUUGCCUUUUGUGUAUUAAGCUUGAAUACAGGCAGCUUAACGUGUGUUCUAAUCAAGGGGAAGGGAUUUGAGUGAUGAUUAGUGAUCAGUGUGCAAGAACCUGUAUAGAUUUACUACUUGCACUAAUCGCAUAAAGUGGUACGUGAGCGUUGUGUAUAGUGUGUGAAUAUAUGACGGCGAGCGUACUCGCUAUUCUCUUUCGGGGACUACCACCUUAGUAUUUGUGGGUGCACGCACGCAUAUUGGCGCGGCGUGACCACAAAGCCACCGGCACCAACGUCUGUAUGGAUGCGGGAGGACUCCCAGUAUUUCCGGGUGCUAAUCAGGCCAGUCACCUGAACAGUCUUCACCUACAGCAACAACAGCAGCAGCAGGCUCAACAUCAUCAACUGACGCUGCAGCAGCAGCAACAGAUGCAACUGCUCAACAACCACAACCUUCAUCAACAGCAGCAGCAACAACAUCCGCAGCAGCUUCUGCAGCAGCAUCAACUUCAGCAGCAGCAGCAGCAGCAGCAGCAGCAACAUCAACAACAACCAUUGCAGCAGCUUGGCCAGGGCGGCGAAGUUCCCCAGAAACGUCAGGCGGUGUUCGACAGACUGAAGCGACGCAUCGAAACCUACCGGCGGCGGCAAACCGAUUGCACGCCUCGGUUCGAGCAAACGUACAGUGGGAUCUGUGAGCAACAGAGCCUCGAAACCACCGCACUGCAAAAGAAGUAUCUUGAACAAAAAAAUAAACGCUCGUUAAAGAAGACAGAGAAGAAGCAGGCCGAACAGCAGCAACUACAACAGCAACAGACACUAUCCGGAAAUCUGCAAAGCAGUGUUCAUGUGCAACAAAAAUUCCUCAAGCGGCCAGCUGACGAUAUCGAUUCCGCCUCCGAUUCGUAUGAGCCACCGGUGAAACUACAGCAUAACGGAUCCGAGAAUCUUACCAAAUUCUCCGUGGAAAUCGUUCAACAGCUGGAGUUCACGACGUCGGCCGCCAACUCGCAACCUCAGCAAAUCAGUACAAACGUUACUGUUAAAGCAUUAACCAAUGCGUCCGUUAAGAGCGAAGGAUCUACAGCAAAUGGUGGCUCGGGCGGAGGCAUUGGUGGAACCGGAGGCGGCAAUGGAAUGCCUGGUCAGCAACAACAACAGCAACCAAACAAUAAUCCGACGCCGUCCCCGCACAUGCAUGAUCUUGGCAACAUCGUGGAUUUUAAGCAAGAACCCGAAAAUGAAUUCGCUGAUCUUUCGGCAGCAUUGGAGAAGGAUGCGGCGGCCAAUGGUCACUUUCCGGGAUUAUCGGACUUCAUUGGGGAUGACACGAACGAUGAAAACGACACCUUCAAGGAUCUCAUAUCAGAUCUCUCGGACUUCCAGUCCGAUUUUCUCGAUUUCGAGGAAAAACCGCAACCACCGAUGCAGCCUCAAGGACAGCAGCAGCAACCAUCACACCAACAGCAAUCGCAAAUGCAAUCGCAGCAGCAUCAACAGCAUCAACAACACCAGCAGCUCAUGCAGUCACAGCAAAAUCAGCAGCAUAUGCAGCAGCAUCAUCCACAACAACCACCACACCAUCCAUUGCAGCAUCAGCAGAUGCAUCAUCAGCAUAGUCAACAGCAACAACACCAACCGCAUCCUCCAGGAGCUCAGCAAAUGUUAUCAAAUCUACAGCAGCAACAGCAGCAGCAGCAUCACCGGACACAUCCGCAACACCUUCAGCAACAUCUUCAACAACAGCAGAUCCAACAUCAUCAGCAGAUCGAGGUGAAGCAAGAGCAUUGUAUCAAACAGGAACACCCCAGUCCUGGCUUAUUAGAUAAUAUGGGUAUAAAGCGUGGUGGCCCGCUAACGCCACAGCAACAACAGCAACAUCAGCAGCAGCAGCAACAACAGCAACAACAACAACAGCAGCAACAGUAUUCAAAUACAUUUGGUGAUGGGAUUGGUGGACCAGGCGUUGCGGCGGGAACUGGACCAAUGGCAAAGCAGCGUCCUGGAUAUGGCAAUACUCAAAAUGGUCCCAUACCCGAACUCUCUCCCGCGGCCCAAACACUUAAACACAUGGCCGAGCAGCAUCAACAUAAGAACGCCAUGAACAUGGGUUUCCCUCGAAAUGGACCCCAAAUUCCACAAGGUCAACAGAGGCCUCCAUUCGCAGAGUUCAGUCAGUAUGCGGGCAACGAGUUUAUGAACUCGUCAGUUGGUAGUACAGGUAGCCCCGUAAGUGGCAAUAACCCUGUCGGACCAGGAUCGCUUCCGCUAGGCGGUGGUGUACCUGGUAGUGGUGCUGGUGCUGCUGGUCCGGGCCAGGGUCCAGGGUCUGUUUCUGGAGGCCAAUUUCACAAGGCGAACGUGCCGCCAUUCCCUGGUGCUGAUCUUAUAAAGCAAGAGUUGUUUGCAUCUCAGAAUGAUUUCGAUCUCAAACCCACGCUAAACCGUUUACAAUCGUCAAUGGGGCCAAACGGUCCUAAGAUUGGUCCAGUACCAGGCGGGUUCGUCAAAACACCCAACCAACAACAGCAACCACCGCCCCAACACCCACAGCAGCAACAGCAACAACAGCAAUCACAACAACAGCAACAAUAUUCACCAUAUGGUUCGCCCGGAGGAAUACCAAACCACGGGGGAAGUCCCGUACCAGGAUUUAUGCCAGGUUCACGCGGUGCUGGCACUGGACCGGGCAUCGCAGCAAAUCAAGGACCAGCUGGUGGACCCAACGUUUCUGGAGCAGGUGGUCCCGGCGGCCCGGGUGGAGGAGCUGGUAGUGGUGGUGGUGGUGGUGGUGGUGGUGGUGGAGGCGGUGGUGGAGGUGGUGGAGGAGGAGGUGGUGGUGGCAACACUAACUCAGGUGGUCCUGGCGGUAAUGGCGGCGGAAUGCCACCUCGGGGCGGAGCCCCUAACGCAGGAUCGAUGCCGGGAGGACAGAAUUCAACAAUGCUUCAGAUGAAGCAAACGCAACAGCUGCACAUUAGUCAACAGGGCCCAGGGGGUCAUGGCAUUCAGGUAAGCGCCAACUGCGAAACAACGAUUGGUCGUCAAUCCAAACGGAACAACAAAACUGUUCACACGGUGUCAGCCGGUCAGCAUUUACAUCUUAGUGGUGAUCUUAAAACGGGUGUUUCGGUAGCCGCACAACAAGGUGUUUUCUUCAGCCAACAACAAACUGGUCAACAACAGCAGCAACAACAGCAGCAGCAGCAGCAGCAACAACAACAGCAACAACAACAGCAGCAGCAACAGCAUCAGCAACACGCGCAACACCAACAGCAUCCACAACAUCCACAACAUCAGCAACAUCAACCACAUCAACAGCACCAGCAGCAGCAGCACGGUCAACAUCCACAGCAUCAGCAGCAUCAUUCACAGCAUCAGCAGCAGCAGCAUCAGCAACAUCAACAUCAGCCGCAUCAGCAGCACCAUGGACAGCAGACGACUGGGCCAAAGCAGCAAACACAGCAAGGCAAGCAAACCGGCCCCGGUAUGGGUAACUUACCUGGCGGAAUGGUCGGUGGACAGGGAGGUGUUGGCAAUGUGGGCAAUAACGUUGGACCCCAGAACACGAUACCAAACGUUCCAGGGCAGGGUAUAAAUACUGGAAAUGUCGGUGGCAAUGCUUCUAAUCAGAACCAUCCUCAGAACCAAGUGCCCAAUUCACAAGGAUCAUCCAUUGUUAACGAGGCACAGUAUACGGUAUCACAAUCCCAAACGAUCAACUUUACGCAACAAACGUUACGAGCCCGACAGCAGCAGCAGCACCAGGUUAAUGGAAAUGUGGGUAUGGCAAAUGGCGCUGGUCCGCAACAUCAACAGCAGCAACCCGGAAUGGGAGGACCAGCACAGAACCAACCUCAGCAGCAACAACAGCAGCAGCCAACACAUGCGGGUGGACCACCAGGCGGGCAAGGGCUUGGCGGCAAUGGUCCAGGAGGUGCUACUGGCCCCGGUAUUGGACCGGGCGGUGGAACAGUACCACCUGGUAUGGUUGGUGGUAUGGUUGGUUCGGGUGGCAUGGGAGGUCCUGGCGGUCCGGGUAAUGGCGGUGUUGGAAUGGGACCCAACGUUCCCAUGGGAAUGGGUGGCAUGGGCGGUCCGAAUGGAGGUGGCAUCAGUGGGCUGAAUACGAUGGUGUCAAACUCGAUGGCCCCCGGCGCUGGUAACGGUACGGGUGUUGUGAAUGGUGCAGGCAUGGGCGGUGCUAAUGGCGGCAUGAUACAUGCUGCCGGUGGUGGUGCUAGUGGCCCGGCAGGAGCAAUGCGACACGCGGAGCAGAUGAAAUUUUUGCAACAACAGCAGCAGCAGCAGCAGCAAAUGAUACGCGCCCAAGCCAUGCAACAGCAGAUGGUGGCCGGUGCUCGACCACCUCCACCAGACUAUAAAGCGGCACAGCAGGCGAACCCAGCAGCAGCAGCGGCAGCAGCGGCCAUGAUGCAGCAGCAACAGGCACAGCAGCAACAAAUGCUACAUGCUGGUGGCCGUUUUCCAGCUAUGCGAAGAAUCACGCAGCAGCCGAUUCCCCCUAGUGGACCCAUGAUGCGAGCCCAACAUGCAGCUUACAUGCAACAGCAGCAGCAGAUGGCUGGUCACAGUGGCCCUAGAGGACCGGCGGGCAUGGUAGGAGGGUUCGGUGGAGGUGCUGGACCCAACGUUGGAGUUGUUCCUGGUGCAGGCGGUGCUGGUGGAGGUGCUGCUGGUGGUAGUGGUGGUGGUGCAGGAACGGUAACCGGAUCGGUUAUGAAUGGGCCGGUACAACGGCCUCCAAAUGUGCAGGUAGGACCAGAAGGUAUGCCUAUUGGGUCGCAGCAAGCAGAAUGGCGGCAUAUGAUGGCCAUGCAACAGCAGCAAGUCAAUUUUGGUGCCACAAGUGGUGGAAGUAUGCGUCCAGGAUUUGGUGGUCCAGCCAGUGGUCCAGUUGGAGGGCCAAAUGGUCCCGUAUCACGAUUGGAUUCAUCUGUCGGACCAGUCGGGCCGAAUGGGCCGGGUGGACCUGCUAGUUCAAUUGCGGCUGGUGGUGUGGCUGGAGCUGCUGGUGGUGGAGGAGGUAAUGCUACUGGUCCAGGUAUGGGACCAAGUGGACCAAACAGUGGACCCGGUGGACCGGCCAGUGGUAACAGCAUGACGGCGAUGCAAAUGCAAAUGCUAAGGCAGCAAAAUCUCGCAAUGUACCAAGGGCAAGCCAACAACAGUGGUGGAGCGAUGAACCAAAUGCAAAUGCUCCAGCAACACCAACAGCUGCAGCAGCAAAACAUGAUGAAUCAAAUGCAGAUGAGUCAAAUACACAUGUCUCAGACGCAAACCAUGUCCAUACAGCAGCAGCAACAAAAUCAACAAUCUGUGAUGAAUACUUUUACAACGCAAUCUACGCAACAGUCCACCACAACGACGAUGAUUGGCGGAGGGAGCAGUACUGGUUCAAUCGGUGGUGGCCCGGGAGUAGGACCAAACGUGAACGGUAAUAUGAAUCCUGGCAAUAUGCUUACUGGUCCCGGCCCAUCAUCCGCCGGUCCGAAUAGCAAUAAUGGAGGAGGGAACAACAAUAACAGCGGUAGCAACAAUAGCAACAACAACAACAGUGGCAGCGGCAACAUGAACAACAACGGCCCUGGUCCCGGUAAUAACAAUAGCAGCAACAACAACAAUUCAUCCGAGUUCCUAGCGUUCCUGGAGAACCUGCCUGUAGGAGAUCCUAACCAGUUCAAUGCGCAGGACCUGCUCAACUCACUGGACAAUGAUAGUUUUAAUCUUCAGGACAUUCUUUAAACACUGACCAGAGAGAUGAUGAGACGCUGGUGAAAAGUGUGGUGCAGAACAGUCAUUCGUGAAACAUAUGCAUGCAGCCAUACAUGAUGCAGGAUGCACUACAUACAUGCACUCUGUUGCAGUGUGCAGUGCUGCUGAUACAAUGCCACAAAACCCAAAGUUACUCCUGCAGUAGUUGCAACUGCUCCUGGUUGUUGUAUUCACUUAUUACAAAGAAACGAAUAUGUCAUUACGUGUAGUAAAAUACGGUAAAAAGUAACUAAAGAUAAAAGACAAAUCAAAAUGUAACAAACCCUACUAUAUGGUGGAGGCUUAAGCAAAGAGAAGGAACGUGUCCACCGUUGCUUUUGCGGAAGCGCAAACACAAACCCGCAAACAGGCAACAUGUGUUGCAGUGUAUAUAGUUACAUGCCCUUUAAACUCUACCGAACGUAAUUGUGUUGAAAAGUCUUGCAAUUACAGCGACGGUACACGCCAAUUCGACACUUUUGCUGCAAAAGUGUUGGACGUGCUGCCAUUAUAAAAAAAUAAAACGACAAGAAACAAACAUUGCAGAGUAGUAAUAAUUUGCUGCACAUAAACUCAUAAUCCAUUUGUGACGAAUAACAUACGUUAGUUUUCGGUGCUCUCUCUCUCUCUUUCUAUCAUUUUUAGCGCUUCUAUCGGUGGGCGAUGUGAGCGAACAAUGUAGAAAGCAAACCAUUUUGCCACUAUCUGCUUCUUCUUAUUGGCCGGUAGUGAAACUUCACGUUAAACGUAGAACAACAACUGCACGAUAUUUGGCAGUUUACAAUAACGUAGCAGAAAAUAGGAUAAGCUGCAGCUGAUGCAGGCAACAAAACACUACUAUGUUAAACAGACUCAAUGGGAGAGGGGGGUACAAAGCGAUUGACAAACAUUCCUCACUCGAGUACGGUUCGUCCUUUUCUAUACUAACACUGCAUAAACAGUAUGCAGUAUUGGUGCAUAUACUCACAGAUCCUUACACGCAUAAAUGCAGUACGAUUUGACGCAGAGGUUAAGUUAUUCUUCAUCUUGAUAGAAAUAUAUAAGUGAAAAUGCGCGGCGGAGCCUGCAGUUCAUGCCUCGAUUCAUACGUUGCCCAUAGAUGAGUUAGAUUGCUGCAACGGAAAGGGGAGGGUUUCGUCCUUUUUAAAAUGAUGGUUUUUUUUUUAAAUAUGAUGUCUCGAGUAUAUAUUUAUCUCUACGUUUCCAAAUGCAAUCGAUACCGGUUAGGGCUAAUUUAGCAAUACAAUUUGCAAAAAGGUUAAGUGUCUCAUUGUGUUUAGCGGUUUAGCGAAUAGAAAAUAUUUGACACUUGCUUUUCUUGCAAAGAAAACUACAAAAAACUCAGCAUUGAUCGAUUUUGUAAGUAUGUAGUAGUGUCGGACGCUUUCGAUGUUAGGUUUAAUUUUGCCUGUAUUAUACAAUUUUGUACAGUAAAGAUUCACAAUUCGUUUUAUCUAUUUAAAGACAAAGAUAGGUUUGACCAAUUAUUUAAUGUUUUUUUUUAAAUAUCGUGUGUGUAUUAGAGAAUGCGGGAUUGAAGCAGCGCGCAUGCAGCUGCAAAACUAUAAAGAGAUAAGUGACAUGGGUAGCGUUAGUAGAAAGAACAUUCUAAAGAAUAAUCUCUACCUACCACAUACAUUGCAUUAAGAUCAUGAAACAAAACGAUUAAUCGGAAGUAUAAGUACACUUAAGUGUAUUAUAGCAAAACAUUAUGUAUACAAAGCAAAACGGAAGUAGUCGUCACCAUGCAAGUGAAGCGCACCGGGGUGAACUAUGUAAUCAAAUCAACUUGUAACCAAAUCAAAUUUUAUAGAGGAAAAAAGAAAUCAACUAUCACCAAAUAAGAUAAUGCUCUUCUUCACGAUGGUUUCUAGGUUUUUUUUUCUCUUUUGCCAUUCUAGUGACACUUUCGUUCCAAUGCACCAUCAUUUUAUGUAAAACAUUUGUUUAGUGAACGCUUUGGAACGAUAGAAUGGUUUAGAUGGAACCACAACCACAAACCUUAAGCAGGUCCAAUCUUGUCAAUUAACAAUUUACGCACCACCAGAACGUAGUAAGAAUGCUCUAUUUGUUUUUACCUACAUUAGCUUUUUACUGAAUAUUUUCUUUUAGACAAACAAGAAAAAAAAACACUUAAUUUCAUUUACACAAUCCAUCUACGUAAAAAUAGUUCCUUUUUAAAUAGCACGAAUGAUACGAACAACAGGAGGACACCAUCAACCAAUGAUACAAGCUAGUGUUUUUCAUUCCAAUUAUUAACAUCAAACACUUACACAAUUCACUCAUCACGUAUGGCCAAUUGAACAAAAUAUGCAACAUGUAAGGAAAACGUAUGCACAACAACGUGAAAUGAUUGGAAAUAAUUCUGACAUGAAAGUAGCGAAACAAAAGGCGAAAAAGUGAAUGUGCAGGAAGGAAAGAUUUUACAUAAGGUUCUGCGAAAACUUGAAUUGCUAAAAUAUGCACACAUGCAUGGCCAUUGAUACAAUACAAUGAACAAACCACAGAAGAAGAACGAGCAACCGUUUUAGACGGUUUUGAAAUAGAAACUAUAAUAGAAAAUGUAAUUUUAUAUAAAAAAAAAGUAGCCAAACUGUUACUAUCAUCUUGUAUCACUCUUCUUUUGAACUGCGUUCUGGAAGUCGGAAUUUUUCAUUUACCCUCACACACCCUCUCUCUCUCUCUCUUCCUCUCUCUCUCUCUCUAUGUAAUCUUGUUCUUACCACACGUAAAAUGAUACCACAACACCACAGUUACAGUGUACCACUAUGCACGAAAUGCAAAUGCUAAGAUAAAAAUGUGAUUUUUUCUGUUAAAUUAUUUCGGCCAAGCCAUGGGUAUUUGCGUAAAAUCGUAUGAACGGUGUAUGGUGUGUACGGUCGUUUGCGCCAAAAGAUACAUUCACCAACAUAUUUUUAUCUUUUCUGCACGUAACAUUGUUUUAAUGUACACAGUAGAAAAGAUCAAAUCGUCGGAUCGCUGUAGGGGGGAGAGGAGAGCAUAUUGUGAUGUAAAUAUUGAUUUCUGGUGGGAAUUGGUCAUACCGUUCUGUUGAAAGCACCACAAGCUCGAUGGGGGGGGGGGGGGGGGGGGGGGGGCUGUCCUUUUCAAAGAAGGCCGCAAAGGAGGAUUUCUGUGAAAAAGUAUUUUCGAGAGCCUUUGAAUUAAUGGACUUUAUAGAUUGUAAAGGAAUUCAUUACUUACUAGCAUUAAAAAGGCAUUCGGUUUUUUUUUGUUUAUUCUAGUAAUUUUUAACUAUAAAAAUUCAAAAUAUGAAAUCGUAUCGAGCCAUGAUUGGAACGUGUAACAUUUUUAAGGUAUUAUUUUACUACAUCAUGUACUUUUAUUGAGAAUUAUUAUAUGAUAAUUAAAGCCACACUCACACACGCAUUGAUACAUGGAGCAAUCAAGCGUUGAACGAACUCUUAUUGACAAGUAUGCAAAAACACCAUAACUAAAUGCAGUUUGCAGGAACAAGCUUGAUUGAAAUUGGCAUUUCACUACAUGAAGUUACUCGUUGAUGCCAGAAGCUACAUCCCAGGCGAAACAUAUACGCAAGAGAAUAAAAGAGACAUAAGAGAAAAAUGGUCAAAAACAAAAGAUUAAUUGAAAUAUAGAUAAUUAAAUUGAA